UCUCUCUUUUUCUAGAAUCUUUCUCUCAUGGCAAUCGCAAUGGAGUCUCAGCCUGAGCAAAAGGCUUCUACAGAGGAUGCAACAGAGAAGAAGAGGUGGACACUUAGUGACUUUAACAUUGGGAAGCCCCUGGGAAGGGGAAAGUUCGGUCAUGUCUAUAUAGCAAGAGAAAGGAGGAGCAAUCAUGUUGUGGCACUGAAGGUGCUGUUCAAGAGCCAGCUUAAACAAUCUCAGGUGGAGCACCAGCUUCGUCGUGAAGUUGAAAUACAAAGCCAUCUUCGACAUCCUAAUAUCCUAAGACUUUAUGGUUACUUCUAUGAUCAGAAAAGGGUCUACUUGAUUCUGGAGUAUGCUGCAAAGGGUGAACUCUACAAGGAGCUGCAGAAAUGCAAAUACUUCACUGAACGACGUUCCGCUACCUAUGUUGCAUCAUUAGCACGGGCUCUCAUUUACUGUCACGGGAAGCAUGUUAUUCAUAGAGAUAUAAAACCAGAGAACCUCUUGGUUGGUUCACAGGGUGAAUUGAAGAUUGCAGAUUUUGGCUGGUCCGUGCACACAUUCAAUCGCAGGCGAACCAUGUGUGGCACCCUAGAUUAUCUCCCACCUGAAAUGGUGGAAAGUGUGGAGCAUGAUGCAAGUGUAGAUAUAUGGAGUCUUGGAAUCUUGUGCUAUGAAUUUCUCUAUGGUAUCCCUCCCUUUGAAGCAAAAGAGCACUCUGAUACAUAUAGAAGGAUCUUGCAAGUAGAUUUAAAGUUCCCUCCGAAGCCUGUAGUUUCUGCAGCUGCAAAGGACCUCAUUAGUCAGAUGCUUGUGAAGGAUACUACAAAGCGGCUGCCGCUACACAAGCUGCUUGAACAUCCAUGGAUUGUGCAGAAUGCAGACCCUUCCGGGAUAUACAGGGGUUAGUUACUGAAUUCCUUGUACAACAACGUAACGACUUGUAAAAAUAGAUGACGAGCGUCCCAUUCAUGUAUAGUAUUGACUUGUUUUACUCCAUUGUGUGGUUUGAUUCAUGCGAAUAAUGUCGUAUUGAAUAUCAUAUUACAACUCCGACAGUGAUGAUGUUCUAACGAUCAAGUGCACGACUAAA